AUGCCGGGUCAAUCUCGCAGCCGGGACCGCCACGGUGGGCGCGAGCGAGAACGAGACCGGGCACGCGAGCGCGAGCGGGAGCGCCGACGAGAACGCGAUCGCGAACGCGAGUAUAUCCGCGGUCGCUACGAUGAAGACGACGAAGGCGCCGUGUCUAGUCCUGGCCAGGCACGUGGGAAAUACCGAUUCCGCGGCGAGGAGGGCUACGAUUCUUAUGAUACUGGCGAGCGGGAUGCGAGUGACUACGAUGAACGGCGGAGAGGGGAACGCAGAGAGAGGAGACGCCGGCGUGAGCGCGAGGAGGAGCGUGCUUAUAGUGAUGCUGUGGAGGGGCGGCGCAGGGAGGGGGAAAAAGAGAGGUCUAAAGCGAAGGAGUCGCCUGCUACGUCGCCGAUUAAGAAGCGAGAUCGCGAGCGAGAUCGGGAUGGGCAUCGUCGGCGCCGGGAUAUCGAGGAUGAGGGGAGUCCGGCGAAGGAUGUGAGAGAGAGACGGCAUCGGGCGCGCGGGGAGGAAAGCGGGAGGGAGAGGGAGAGAUCGCGGGAUAUUGAAGCCGAAGCUCGACGACAGCAACGCAAGGCGCGUGAGCGAGAGGAACAGCGCGAUCGUGAAUGGGAACGAGAGGCUGCGGCUGCUGCGGCUGUUGCUAGGAAGCAUCGGAGCACAGAGUCUACGAGCAGUGCGUCGCAUUUGCUUAAGGCGGACCCAAUGGCGCGAUUAGCGUCUGAGCAUGAUGAGGAAGAUCGCCGUGAGCGUUCGCGAGAGGAGGAUGAGGCGCGGCGUGAACGUCGACGACAGAGGAAAAAGGCUGCGUUGGCGGGCGCGGGAGUUGCUGCUGCUGGGGCUCUUGGUGCAGAGAUUGCCGAAGGAAGAUCGAGGCAUAAGUCUGGAGCUCGAGUUGUCUCUGGUGCAUAUUUGGAAGAAGGUCGGAGUCCUGAAAUGAAGAUGCGCAAGCGUGGAGGAGGUGGGCCUGCGAUGGAGGAUGAUUGGAAGCAGGAAGACAGAUGGGAUGGCAGUUACGAGGAUGGUAAUCAACAGUCCAAGUGGAAGUUUUGGGCCUCUUGGUCGAAGAAGAAGCGACUGGUUGUUGGGGGAAUUGUUGCUCUGCUGUUGCUACUGGCCAUUAUCAUCCCAGUCGCUGUGAUAGAGGCGAAUAAGAAUGGUGGCGGUCCAAAUUCCUCGAGCAGCUCGUCCAGCUCAGGUUCGUCGUCCAACUCAAAUCUCAACGGGAUUAGUGAAGAUAGUAUUCCGUCUUAUGCGCAAGGCACGUAUCUUGAUCCAUUCACUUGGUACGAAACUGAAGGCUUCAAUGUCACUUUCACCAACGAGACCGUUGGUGGGUUGUACAUUAUGGGCCUCAAUUCUUCAUGGGACGACUCUGCCAGGCCAAACGCGAAUGUGCCGCCUUUAAACCAGAAGUUCCCAUAUGGUUCGCAACCAAUUCGCGGAGUCAACCUUGGUGGAUGGCUCUCCAUCGAACCUUUCAUUACACCAUCUCUGUUUGCAGGCUAUUCUUCCAGUGUCAUUGAUGAAUGGACGCUCUCGCAGCAGCUAGGCUCUGCCGCGGCAAAUACCAUCGAGAAACACUAUGCAACAUUCCUCUCCGAGUCGGACUUUGCUGAAAUUCAAGAAGCUGGACUCGACCAUGUUCGCAUCCAAUAUUCCUACUGGGCAGUGACAACCUAUGACGACGACCCUUAUGUGGCCAAGAUAUCCUGGCGCUACCUUUUGCGCGCGAUCGAAUUUUGCCGCAAAUACGGAAUCCGAGUGAAGCUGGAUCUUCACGGUCUUCCUGGCAGUCAGAAUGGAUGGAAUCACAGUGGUCACCAAGGGAAAAUCGAUUGGAUCGACGGGACAAAUGGUACAUUGAACCGAAAGCGAUCCUUGGAAAUCCAUGAUCAGUUGUCACAAUUCUUUGCGCAGGAUCGAUACAAGAAUAUCGUGACAAUCUACGGCCUUGUUAAUGAACCCCUCAUGCUCUCUCUCCCCGUAGAGAAGGUUCUUAAUUGGACGCAAGAAGCGGCCGAGCUUGUUCGCAAGAACGGUCUUGAGGCCACGAUUGUCUUCCAUGAUGGAUUUCUCAACCUCGACAAGUGGGAUAACAUGUUCAAGGACCAUCCUGAUAACAUGUACCUCGACACCCAUCAAUACACUACCUUUAACACUGGUGAGAUUGUUCUCAACCAUACCGCCAAGGUGGAAAUCAUCUGCAACAGCUGGUACUCUAUGAUUCAGAAUAUCAACAGCACCAGCUCGGGAUGGGGCCCCACCAUCUGUGGUGAAUGGUCCCAAGCCGACACCGACUGCGCAGAGUACCUCAACAACGUAGGCCGUGGUACCCGCUGGGAAGGAACAUACGACACCAGCUCAUCAACCGCAUACUGCCCCACCGCCGACGCAGGGACAUGUAGCUGCAACAACGCCAACGCCGACGUUACCGACUUCUCGGACGAAUACAAAAAGUGGCUUCAAACGUACGCCGAAGCCCAAAUGUCUGCCUUUGAGAUGGCACAGGGCUGGUUCUACUGGACGUGGCGGACCGAGUCUGCGGCGCAGUGGAGUUAUCGCACGGCGUGGAAGAACGGGUUUAUGCCGAGUAAGGCGUAUUCUCCUUCGUUCAAGUGUGGUGAUACUGUGCCUGAUUACUCCAGUCUGGGUUUGGCGGAUUAUUAUUGA